CACUGACAGCUGACAGGUAGAGAAUCUAUCAUCAAUAAAUAAGUUCUGAAUCCCAAAAGACAGUAAAACUGAUUACAUUAGACUGUUUAAAGAGGUAAAAAUGGCUGGAAACGAUGAUAAUAAGCCUGAAAAUAACGAAACUGGAAUUGAUGGAAGUGCAAACAUUGAAAACAAUGAAAAUAUUCGUGAAGAAUAUGAGUUUUUGGAUUCUAAACUUGAUGAAUUAAAUUCAGCACUGGAUUUUUUAGAGCAGAAGAAUGAUGAUAUACAUAAGAAGCUUAAAGAACUUUUACAAUCCAAUAUUGAUAUACGCCAACAAUUAAAGGAUGCAAAUUCAACAAAUGAGAAUUAAUUUAUAAAUAAAAAAUAUUAAACUCUUACUCCCUAGCUCUACUAGCUUCACUUUGCUACUUCAUACUAUGGUGGUGGUGUCGACUUCCCUUGCUAGUCUCUUCCAUUACAUUCUAUCCUCCAUAUUUUCAUCUGAGACUAGGCUGUUUCUUAUGUUUUUUAGUCACCCGUCCAUUUAAUAAUUUGUUAAAUUUGUCACCUUUUCAAUUAGGUUUGUUAAUUCUUAUUUAUAAUACUUACAUGGAUAUUAAGAGUUUUAAAAUGUAAAAAUUAAAAGCUUAUAUAUCUUGUGAUUAAUUUAUUAUAACUACAACUUAAAUUUAAUCUAAACACAAACAAAACAGACAUUACACAAAUGUUUAUGUAUUUGAGAAUUUUUAAAUAAAAUGUUGAUCAGUUA